AACAAAUAAAUAUCGUCUCUUGGAACUCGUGAGCUGGAAAAAAAAAGAAAGAAAAAGAAAAACAAAAUCAAAUUCAUUCUCUCGGAUUUCUUCCUCUUCCCUUGGGGUUGAGGAAUUUUGGAGGUUGAAGAAGACGAAUUUCUGCUCGGAUCUCGAUCGUCUGCUUCAAUGGAGGGCGUUUCGGAAGGAGAGAAUCAGAAUAACAACGAUAGUAGUAAUAAUAAUCAUAAUCAUACUCCAAACAACAAUAAUGGCGGAAGUAAGGGGAAUAAUUCCAAUGAAGGACACAGCAAGCCCAAGCGCCAGAUGAAGACCCCGUUCCAGCUUGAAACCCUCGAGAAAGCCUAUGCCUUGGAGGCGUACCCAUCGGAAUCGAUCAGGGCCGAGUUGUCGGAGAAAUUAGGGCUUUCUGAUCGGCAAUUGCAGAUGUGGUUCUGUCACAGGAGGUUGAAGGACAAGAAGGAUGGUGGACCCGCCAAAAAGCCGCGGAAGAUGGUACCGGCUUUGCCGGAAUCUCCUAUUGAUGAGUUGCGGGCCGGGCCGCCCGAACUGGGUAGUGAUUAUGGAUCGGGUUCUGGGUCCGGUUCGAGCCCAUUUGGUCCUGCCGAGCUGCGGAAUGUGGUGUCCAGAGGCUUGGCUGAUGACUUGCCGCCAAUGGGAAGGAGGUACUAUGAGCCCCGGCAGUCUAUGUUGGAGCUUAGAGCUAUUGCCAUUGUGGAGGCACAAUUGGGAAAGCCAUUGAGGGAGGACGGGCCGGUUCUUGGGAUUGAGUUCGACACAUUGCCGCCGGAUGCAUUCGGUGCACCCUUAGUUGCAGAGCAGCAGAAACGGUCUGGGCAUCCUUUUGAGGGCAAAUCAUAUGAGCGACAUGAAAAACUAAAUAAAGCUACUGCAAGAACUCUCCAUGAAUACCCAUUUCUUCCAGAACCCUCCACUUCUCGUACCGACGUGUACGGACACGUUGCUCCGUCUCAUAUUCAUAAUUCAGCACUUGAUGGUCCAACUGCUAGAAGUUCAUCAUUUGCAGUCAGCAAUGAGCAGUUACCUAGGAUUCAUGGCAACCAAGGUCAUGCAUCUCGUGUUCGCCUUUCCCAACAGGAUAAGCAAGGAGUUUCAUUUCCAUUGCCUCCCGUGGAUGAUAAUUGUCUGCCACAAAAGGACCCUUUUACAAAUACUAAAGUGAAUUCUCAGAUCAGUGAGCACCCGGUUAUUUCACCAGAAAAUUCGUAUAUGUUGUCUGAUGGACAAAUCUUAGCUAAUGACACUGUAUUAAGGCUGGAAAGGAAGCGCAAGUGUGAAGAAGCUAGAAUUGCGAAAGAAGUUGAAGCUCAUGAGAUUCGAAUUCGAAAAGAGCUUGAGAAACAGGAUAACCUUAGGCGAAAGCACGAGGAACGACUGAGGAAAGAGAUGGAAAGGCAAGACCGUGAAAGACGAAAGGAAGAAGAGAGAUUGAUGCGCGAGAAGCAGCGUGAGGAGGAUAGAUUGAGACGUGAACAAAGGCGUGAAAUGGAAAGAAGGGAAAAGUUUUUGCAAAAAGAAUGUUUGAGAGCGGAAAAAAGGAGGCUUAAAGAAGAGCUUCGUAAAGAGAGAGAGGCAGUGAGACGAAAAGCUGCCAUUGAGAAAGCUACUGCACGCAAAAUUGCGCGAGAGUCAAUGGAGCUGAUUGAGGAUGAACAACUUGAACUGAUGGAGAUGGCAGUUUCUCGAAAGGGAUUAUCUUCAAUAAUCUCUUUAGAUCAUGACACUAUGCAAAACCUUGAAUCAUUCAGAGAUUUUCUCGGUGCAUUUCCACCCAAGUCCGUGCAGUUGAAAAGUCCAUUUGCAGUUCAGCCAUGGAUUAAUUUAGAGGAGAAUAUUGGCAACCUUCUCAUGGUUUGGAGAUUUUUUAUUACUUUUGCGGACGUUCUUGAGUUAUGGCCGUUUACUCUUGACGAGUUUGUUCAAGCUUUUCAUGACUAUGAUUCAAGGUUGUUGGGAGAGAUUCAUGUUGCUCUUUUGAAGCUGAUAAUAAAAGAUAUUGAAGAUGUUGCUAGGACACCUUCUAGUGGAUUAGGAAUGAGCCAGAAUGGUGCUGCUAAUCCUGGCGGUGGACAUCCAGAGAUUGUUGGAGGGGCAUACACAUGGGGUUUUGACAUACGUAACUGGCAGCAGCACUUAAAUCCAUUAACGUGGCCUGAAAUUUUCAGGCAAUUAGCAUUGUCCGCAGGAUUUGGGCCACAGCUGAAGAAAAGAAGCAUGGCGUGGUCUUACUUGCCUGAUAAUAAUGAGGGAAAAAGCUCUGAAGAUGCAAUUUCUACUCUCCGCAGUGGUUCGGCAGCUGAAAAUGCAUUUGCAAUAAUGCAAGAAAAAGGAUUAUUACUUCCGCGAAGAUCUAGGCACCGAUUGACUCCCGGAACUGUUAAGUUCGCAGCUUUUCAUGUUCUUUCACUGGAGGGAAGCAAGGGAUUAACAGUGUUGGAGCUGGCAGACAAGAUUCAGAAAUCUGGACUAAGGGACUUGACAACAAGCAAGACGCCAGAGGCUUCAAUUUCUGUGGCUUUGACAAGGGACACCAAGCUUUUUGAGAGGAUCGCUCCUUCAACAUACCGUGUACGAGCUGCUUACAGAAAAGAUCCUGCGGAUGCUGAGGCCAUACUUUCAGCUGCAAGAAAGAAAGUUCAAAUAUUUGAGAACGGGUUUUUAGCUGCUGAAGAUGCUGAUGAGGUUGAAAGGGAUGAAGACUCUGAAUGUGACGAUGUUGAUGAGGAUCCUGAAGUUGAUGAUUUAGCUACUCCAUCUAGUGCGAACAUAGUCACUGAAAAUUACAAUGAAGUAAAUCCUGAAGUUGAUGAUUUAGCUACUCCAUCUAGUGCGAACAUAGUCACUGAAAAUUACAAUGAAGUAAAUCCUUGUUCAAGAAGCGGAAAAGAAAAUUUAUGCGAUGAUGUUGCACUAGAUCUGCAAAAUGAGUUCGAUAAAGAUUCUGCAUCGAUACCUUUGAGUGAUUCCAAGGAUGUGAACUGUCCAAGUGCUCUACCAGAGCAAUUUGUUGCUAGUGAAGAUGCAGGUGGCGGGAAUCCUGAUGAAGAAAAUAUGGAGAUUGAUGAAAGCAAAUCAGGUGAAUCAUGGAUUCAAGGGCUUACAGAAGGAGAAUAUUCUGACCUCAGUGUAGAGGAGCGUCUCAAUGCCCUUGUUGCCUUGGUUGGUAUUGCAAAUGAAGGAAACUCAAUCCGCGUUGUUCUUGAGGAUCGUUUGGAAGCUGCAAAUGCUCUUAAGAAGCAAAUGUGGGCAGAAGCACAGCUUGAUAAAAGUCGCUUAAAAGAAGAGAAUAUAACUAAAUUAGAUUUCCCAUCUUUCGUGGGAGGAAAAACUGAAAUGCACCUUGCAAGGUCUGCAGCAGAGGGCAGCCAAAGUCCGUUACCUGACAUUAAUAAUAGGAAUACUGAUUUGUCCCCUAGCGUUGCAGAAAGUAAAAAAUCAGUUCAUGAUUUGAAUAGUGUUCAGAAUGACCUCAACAGUUUGCCUACUGAGAAAACCUUAGUAGCUCAAGAUUUUUCCACGGGUCCAGAUAACUUUCUAGCUCAGCAACUUGCAUUUGCCUCAAAAAGGUCACGCUCACAGUUGAAAUCUUAUAUUGCCCAUAGAGCCGAAGAGAUGUACGUGUAUAGGUCCUUGCCUCUCGGUCAAGAUCGCAGGCGUAAUAGAUAUUGGCAAUUUGUUGCAUCUGCUUCCAGCAAUGAUCCUGGCUCAGGCAGGAUCUUCGUUGAAUUGCAUGAUGGAAAUUGGAGGCUUAUUGAUACCGAAGAGGCCUUUGAUGCUCUUUUGAUGUCUUUGGACACGCGUGGGAUUCGGGAAUCCCAUUUACGCUUAAUGUUGCAAAAGAUCGAAACCUCGUUUAGGAGUGUGCAGUCUUCAAGCAUUACAGGCAGAGGUUUAUCGAUUGUGAAACGUGAAACCGAUGAAACUAGUCCUGAUUCCCGUGCCAAUUUUGACAGUCCUGGCAGUACCAUUUGCGGUUUAAAUUCUGAUUCGGAUUUGGUUGAAACAUCAUCUUCGUUCAGAAUUGAACUGGGCAGAAAUGAAACUGAGAAAAAGGCUGCCUUGAGAAGAUAUCAGGAUUUUCAGAAGUGGAUGUUGGAAGAAUGUAAAAAUUCUUCAACAUUACAUGCCAUGAAAUGUGGAAAAAUGAGGUGUAGGCAGAGAUUGGAAAUCUGUGAUUUUUAUCUCGGUCUUUAUUCACUCGAGGACUCCCAUUGUUUUUCUUGCCAUCAGACCUUCAGUAACAGUGGUAACGAUUUGUCACGACAUGCAAUUCAAUGUAAAGAGAGAAGUAAGUCGGAUUUUGUAGAUACUUCUUUUCCAUUUGGAAUGAGACUGCUCAAGGCCUUGUUGGCUCUCAUUGAGGUAUCUGUUCCACAAGAAGCUCUGCAAUCUUUCUGGAUGGGAGACCGUGGAAAGACUUGGGGUGUGAAGUUGAAUGCUUCUUCGUCCAGUGAACAACUUUUACAGAUAUUGACUCUGUUCGAGAGCGUCAUAAAGCAAGACUUUCUUUCAUCAAACUAUUCUACAACAGAGGAAUUGUUGGGCCCCUGCAAUCAGUCAGGGACUUCUUUACACAAUAUUUCAGAUCCUGCAUCAGUUCCUGUACUUCCGUGGAUCCCACAAACCAUUGCUGCUGUUGCUCUGAGACUUUUUGACCUUGAUGCAUCCAUUGCCUAUGUGCCAGAGGAGAAACCUGAACCCAUCGAGGACAAGGACAAAGAACUCGGAGAAUAUAUAAAGCUGCCGACGAGAUUUGCUCCUUCAAGGAAUGAUAAAGAGAUUGAACUAACAGAACUGAACUACAAUGCACAUGUGAAAGAAGAGAACCGUUCUCAACUGAAAAGCUCACGAAACAACUACAAGCGAGGGAGAGGGGCUCGUGAGCAAGGUCGUAGUAAGAAGUUGCAGAGAAGAGUAAAUGGCUCCAAGCCGGGUGCUUCCCGGCGAAAUGCUAUGGUCAAUGAUAAUGUAAUUGAAGGACUAAGACAGCCGGGAAGAAAAGCUCUUAAACAAGGGGGCGUAAGGGGUCGCCGUACUGUCAGAAAGAGGAGAACAGGGAACAAGAAGGUUGAAGAGACACUUCCAGUCCACAUGCCUGACAUUCCUAGCAGCCCUGAGAGCGGAGGUGAAUCCCCGAGAAUUUUAGCUGAGGAAUGGGAUGACGACAAUGUCAAUGCAACCCCUACGAAGGAUGAUGAUAACAUUGUGGGUGAAGAAGAAGCAAUGGAAUCUGAUGACAAUGCUCAAGAAGAGGAAUACGAACAAGAAAAUUGGGAGGUUGGAUAUAAUGGCGUCUCCAAUAAGUGGAACGAAGGGCGGAUGAUGGAAGCGAGUGACGAGGAUGUGGAUGCUUAUGAUGAAGAUGACAAUGGUAUGGAGGGGGUAGGAGAUGGAGAGUCCGAGGGUGAUGUGGAUGUGAGUGAGGAGUCGGAUGAUAUGCCAAACAGGAUUGAGAAUGAUCAGGGCUCUGAUUCAGAAGUUUCUGAUGAUUACAGUGACUGAACUAUCAAUUCAACAGCUUACCGGUGCAUUAGUACUUGGUGCAUGCCAGCCGCUUAAGAUUUUGUUGAGCAGCCUCACUUUUUGCCAAAUUCGUAUUGGGGGAGUAGAAAUAGAAAAUCUCCCCCUUUUUGUCUCUCUAUUUCUUUUUUUCUUUUUUCUAAUUUUUGAGUUAUAUGGACUAAAUUGAAACUGAGUAGAGAAAUUAGAGGUACUAGGGAUAAAGUGCACUUGUAAUUCGUUAAGAACAUAGGUAUUGUAUUAAUCGUUUAAUAGAAAAUGUUUAAUAAAAAUUAAGCAAGUUAUACA